CAGACCUGUCCCAACAAGCCAGGUCAAAGAUGCCACACCUUCCCUCCCCCAUAGCAGAACCAGGGACCCUGCCUGCUGCAGCAGGCUUUGGUGUUUAGAACUGUUUCCCCUUCGUUUAGUCUCUACUUAUUGACCUUUCCAGGAGCCAGGAUGGCCAACUCAGGGAUGCAGCUGCUGGGAUUUUCGCUGGCCUUCGUGGGGUUCAUCGGCUCUAUCGCCGCCACCAUUAUGGUGCAGUGGAAGGCUUCUUCCUACGUGGGGGACAACAUCAUCACCGCCCAGGCCAUGUACCAAGGACUGUGGAAGACCUGUGUGUCGCAGAGCACGGGGCAGAUCCAAUGCAAAGUGUUUGAUUCACUUCUGCAAAUACCAGGCAUGGUGCAGGGCGCGCGGGGCCUGAUGGUGACGUCCAUCGUGCUGUGCUUCGUGUCCGUCCUGGUGGCGGUGGUGGGCAUGCGUUGCACCACCUGCCUGGAGGACCAGCCUGAGCAGAAGGACAAGGUGGCGCUCACCGGGGGCAUCCUGUUCAUCCUCUCAGGUCUGUGUGGUCUGGUAGCCACCAUUUGGUACGGUCACCGAAUAGCAAAGGAAUUCUACGACCCCUUCACCCCCACCAACUCCAAGUUUGAGUUCGGGGCGGCCCUGUUCGUCGGAUGGGCCUCCUCUAGUCUGCUCGUCAUCGGCGGGUCUUUCCUCUGCUGCAAGUGCGGCGGGAGUGACUCUGGGAGGGGCAAAGGGUACCCGUCUGCAGCACACCCCAGCCAGCCGGGCAGAGACUACGUCUAGCAGGCCAGGACCCCCCCCGGCCUUGGCCCAGAGCCGGCGGUCCUGUACCCCCGAGGCUCCAUGUGGGGAUGACUUUCUCCAAGGCAUUUUAUUGUAUGUUGGUUUGGUUUUUUAUUGUUUAUUUUGGUCACAACAUUGCUCUGAGAUAUAUUUUUU